AUGAGCCUACAAACAUCUGCCGGUGAAGAGAGCAUCAAUGUACGCGCGCCGCAAGACCAGCUUAGCAUUAGUAAAGCAACACAACUUCGUUGGCAGCAGCUUGAGGAGACAAUGCGUCUAAAAGAGGAAUACUUGAAAGAGAAGUUUCGGAUUUUGAGUGUAGAAGCAGGGGAUGAAAGCAACGUUGGCGAUAUCGGCGUUCCACAAGCAUCAGGAACCGUCGUAGCUGACAAUGUGCAUAUCGCGUCAAACGCUACAUCGGCGAGUAUAGAAAUUGACAACCAGCAAGUGGAUGGUGUCUAUAGUGCGCAAAGGGAUUUUUCAAACUUUUCUAUAUCAAACAUGCAAAGUGCAAAGCACACUUCGCAUCAGCGCACGUUAAACAACGAAUAUAACAUAACAUCAAUGCAACUAGCAUCGCGGCAGUGUGUGCCACGAGACUUGCCGACGUUUAACGGAGACCCUGAUGAAUGGCACAUAUUUAUCAGCGCUUAUGAGCAAAGUUCUGCACUUGCAGGUUUCUCUAACCAUGAAAACCUAAUACGCUUGCAGAAAUGUUUGAGGGGAAAAGCCAGAGAAGUUGUGCGUAAUCUGCUGGAAUUGCCCGACAUGGUGCCGAAUAUUAUCAACACAUUAACAACAUUGAAAGUACGAGAAGGUAAGUGGCAGGAGCCUGUAGCAGUUAAGACACGAUUAGGUUGGACUGUGUUUGGCGGUAGUAGCGCUGCAAUACCAAAGAAAACUUUAAUUUCGCUUGACGAGCAAAGAGCAAUCGAUAUUCUGAGAAGUGGCGAAAUGCGCGACAAUCGCUAUGUUGCCAGGUUAUUGUGGUCCAAUGAUAGUGUCAAUUUGCCUGACAGCCUACCUACAGCAAUUCGCCGGUUUAAAUGUUUGCAAAGAAAAAUUACGAAAGACCCGGAACUUACUCACACAAUUCAGCAGCAAAUCGACAAUUUAGUGCAUAAAAACUACGCUGUGAAAUUACCAGCUGAUGCUAUCAAAGAUCGUGGUGGGAAGAUAUGGUAUGUUCCCAUAUUUAUCGUUCGCAAUCCAAAUAAGCCGAAUAAGGUUAGACUGGUGUGGGACGCAGCAGCCAAAUCCGGUGAAGUUUCGCUCAACAGUUUUUUGAUUAAAGGGCCGGAUUUGCUGAUUCCACUGCUCAACAUUUUAUUCAAUUUUCGCAUGGGUGCUGUUGCUGUUUGCGGGGAUAUUGCUGAAAUGUUUCACCGCAUUCAGCUACAAGAAGCGUAUGCAGAUGCGCAGCGUUUUAUUUGGCGUGACACCGGCGAACUGUUGUUCAGUGUUCAUCGACUAAACGUAUUAAGCUUUGGAGCAUGUUGCUCGCCGUGCAUAGCGCAUUAUGUGCGCGAUCUAAAUGCAUAUGAGCAUGCCGCUGAAAACUCUAUUGCAGCAAAUGCGAUUAAAAAUCAUCAUUAUGUCGAUGACUUUAUUGACUCGACAGCGACUGUCAACGAGGCUAUAGAUUUGGCAAAAGGUGUGCGCGAUAUUCAUGCAAAAGGCGGCUUCUUCAUGCAUAACUGGACCAGCAAUUCGCCAGAGGUAUUAGCAGCGCUUCAACAGGAAGGUGAAAUAACCGACAAGAUCUUCGCUAGCAACACAGACCCGGUGCAUGUACAGAAGGUUCUCGGUAUGUACUGGGAUCCACACAUCGAUAAUUUUAAAUUUGUCUUAAAAUUUGCGCGACUCCAAGGAAACGUUUUCUGCGAAGGAACUGUACCAACUAAGAGGGAAGUAUUGCAGAUCCUUAUGUCCGUUUUUGACCCUCUAGGAUUGGUCGCUUGCUUAACUUCCUAUCUCAAAAUUCUCGUUCAAGAUAUAUGGCGCAGCGGUCUUGACUGGGAUCAACCACUCACUGCUGAACUGGCAUCCAAAUGGAGAGUGUGGACGUCAUACCUUCCAUUGAUCCGAACUAUUUCCGUUCCUCGCUGUUAUUCGCCAGACUUACGUCGAGAAGAUUGUAAAGUGCAGCUGCACACCUUCGUUGACGCUAGCGAGAAUGCUUUGGCAGCAGUGUCGUACUUCCGAAUUGAAUACAACAGCAAAUUCACAACUUGUCUAGUUGCGGCAAAGACUAAAGUUGCCCCGCUACGCCCACUAUCUAUUCCACGAUUGGAGCUACAAGCAGCUUUAAUCGGCGCACGUCUUGCCAACAUGGUUGUAAAUUCACAUAAAAUGCAUUUCGAAAAGCGUUUCAUAUGGAGCGAUUCGAAAACCGUGCUUCAUUGGCUUCAAGGCGAUCCACGGAGAUACCAACAGUACGUCAUGUUUCGUAUAGCGGAAAUACAGGAAACAACGAUCCCAAAUGAAUGGCGAUGGGUGCCAACUAAUCUUAAUGUUGCGGACAUUGCUACGAAACCUAAACCAUGCCAUGAAGUCAGUCAGCAGUGGAUACACGGUCCUGCCUUUUUGAAGCAAGCAGACAGCGAGUGGCCAGAAAUUGUACACCUUGGAACUACCAACACCGACGAAAUUAGGCCGCGAUUUUUAUACCACAACGUCAUUAAUUUCAAUAUCAAUUUCGAAUACUUUUCAAGCUGGGUUCGCUUAUAUACAGCAGUUGCAAAUUGGAUACUCUAUAUCGAGAAGCUUAAAAAAAGCGCUCUUUCUUCAUCGCUCUCGACGCACCAUUUUGCACAAGCGAAACAAUUUAUAUACAAACAUGCACAAAUGCAAGGUUUUGACGAUUGGGCAGCAUUGAAAGAGGGUAAGCCGGUCAGUAAACACGGUCCGCUACGUAAUCUUCAGGUUUACAUGGACGGCUUUGGACUUAUACGAGUGAAAAAUCGAGCAAAGUAUUUCGUAUCCCAGGAGCAGCACGACUUCAUAGUACUACCUCAGCAUCAUCAUGUAACAGAACUUGUUGCAGCGCAUUACCAUCAACGUUUUCACCACGUCCAACACGAAACAGCUUUAAACGAGAGCGAAGUUUUUGCGAAUCUAUUUUGGAAGCGGUGGGUACGCGAAAUGUUACCAACGUUUACGCGACGAAGCAAGUGGUUCACAAGAGUGAAGCCAAUAGCUAAAGACGACGUUGUCCUCAUCGUAGACGAAAACGCUGAAAGGAACACAUGGCUGAAGGGUAUAGUUGUUGACAUAACACUUGCAAAGGAUGGUCAAGUACGGCGCGCGAAAGUUAAAACCAUUCACGGUAUUUUGGACAGACCAGCAGUGAAAUUAGCGGUACUUGAUAUCGCCAAAAAGGAGGCAAGCUCCGACGAGUCAGCCGCUUACCGGGGGAAGAAUGUUGCCGAUAAAACAAACUACGUAGAGUAG